AUGUCUGGGCAGGUCCAGCCUGGGCCAGGGGACACACGGCACGUGCUCACGGGCUCUGCCGACAACAGCUGCCGGCUCUGGGACUGUGAGACAGGGAAGCAGCUGGCCCUGGUGAAGACCAGCAGUGCUGUGAGGACGUGUGGCUUCGACUUUGGGGGGAACAUCAUCAUGUUCUCCACGGACAAGCAGAUGGGCUACCAGUGCUUCGUGAGCUUCUUCGACCUGCGGGACCCCGCCCAGAUCGAGAACAACGAGCCCUACAUGAAGAUCCCCUGCAGCGACUCCAAGAUCACCAGCGCCGUGUGGGGCCCGCUCGGGGAGUUCAUCAUCGCGGGCCACGAGAGUGGGGAGCUCAACCAGUUCAGUGCCAAGUCAGGGGAGCAGCUGUCGAACAUCAAGGAGCACACCAAGCAGAUCAACGACAUCCAGACCUCCAGGGACAUGACCAUGUUCAUCACAGCCUCCAAGGACAACACGGCCAAGCUCUUUGAUUGCACAUCCCUGGAGCACCUGAAGACGUUCCGGACGGAGCGGCCGGUGAACUCUGCUGCCCUCUCCCCCAUCUUUGACCACGUCGUGCUUGGUGGUGGGCAGGAGGCCAUGGAUGUGACCACAACCUCCACCAGGAUUGGCAAAUUUGAGGCCAGGUUCUUCCACUUGGCUUUUGAGGAAGAGUUUGGCAGAGUGAAGGGUCACUUCGGUCCCAUCAACAGUGUCGCGUUUCACCCCGACGGGAAGAGUUACAGCAGUGGGGGUGAGGAUGGCUACGUCCGCAUCCACUACUUCGAUCCCCAGUACUUCGAGUUUGAGUUUGAAGCCUGAAGGAGGAUUUCCCUCUCCUCUCCUCCUCCUUUUUCUCCUCCAACCCCUUGCCCAGUCCAUCAGCUCUGUCAAGGGGCUGCUGUAAGGCCUGAAGUUCUCCUGCUGCAUUUUGGGGGCUGUGUGAAGGUGGGGAAGUGGAAACUCAAGCCAGCUCCGAAGGGCAGGAAUGGCUUUUGUGGGAAGGCUGCUGGGUUGGCUGCCUGCCUGCCCCGGGGGCUUCCUGCCUGCUGGGUAUAUUUAUACAUCAGGGGAGGGAAAAAAUCAUCAGGAAAUAAAUAGAAAUCUUUUGUAAACACAAGGCAAAGUA